CAUGUUGAGUGAAAAUCUUAUAAUUCUCUAUAUGAAAAACCCAGAUCCUAUAUUUUAUGAAAUGAUGGAUGAUCUGGUGAUUUAGAGUUUAAAAAAAGAAAAUGUGAAAAUAAUUGUAACUGAUUUAGAAGAAUUAAGUGUUAUAAUUGGAGAAGUAUUCAAUAAAAUAAAUAAUAGCAAUUUAUAUUUUUAAGAAAUGGAGAGUAAAUAUAAUUUGAUGCAUUUUUAUGUUAUGGAUAUAUGGCACCAAAGCAUUAUUUGGAUUAUAUGUACUUUAAUUUUGCUGCAUUUACAGCUGGAAAGAUUACAUUAUAUUCACCACAAACAGAAAAUAUAUUAUAAAACAAAUUAUUGCAAUAUGCAAAGUUUAGUGAAGGAUAAGUGCCAUUUCCUCGUUGUAGUGCUUCAUUCUCUGUUUAAUAGUUUAAAAAAAACUUAUCUCAAUUUGAAAACAAGGCAAUAAUGAAAGAGGUUGUAGGAUAUGAAGGAACAGGAGUUAAAUUGUCAAGUAAUAAAAUUUAAAGUACAGAAAUCUUCUGUAAAUCUUUUUGGAAUGGAGAGUAAUCAAUAAUUUAAGAUUUUGUGGGUGAUUCUGUUGGUCGAUCUAUUAGAGUUUUAGUUAUCGGUGGUAAUGCAGUAUCUGUAACCGAAUUUUAAGAUAAUAUUGUAACACUACUUUUUAUUAUAAAAGGAUUUUAAAUCAAAUGGUUAUAGUGAUGAUUUUAAAAUUGAAUCUAAAAUGGAUAGUAUAAAAAAAGAGGAAUAUUUUAGAUUAGCAGAAAAGGCAUGUUUAGCUAUUGAUCCUAAUCUAACAAUUGGAGGAGUUGAUAUUAUUGAUUCAAAAAAAUAUGGAUUAGUUGUUUUGGAAAUCAAUUAAUGGCCAGAAAUUACAUUUUCUGAAGAUGUUACAAAAUUACCAUUAUUCGAUAUAUUUGGUAAAGAAUUUAUAAGAAAAAUAUAACACAAUAAUAAUAAAGUUAAAGUAUGA